AUGGAAUCUCUCAAAUCCUUUGCAACUAUUCUCCUUGUCAUGUUUCUAGCCAUGAGAGCUCUAGAGACCGGACCUAUGGUUCGAGCCCAGGUAUGCGGCGACCAACUGACCGCCGUGCAGGUGUGUGCACCGCUGGUUCUGCCCGGUGCAGUCAGUCCUGCUCCAAACUCCAAUUGUUGCACUGCCCUCCAAGCAACUAACAAAGAUUGUCUAUGUAACGCUCUUAGAGCAGCCACUACACUUGCAUCUCUUUGUAACCUUCCAUCUUUUGAUUGUGGUAUAAGUGCCUAG